AUGGGCUUCGAGGACAAGCGCGUCGCCAUCGUCGGCGGAGGCUUGGGUGGCAUGUCUUUCCUGAAUGCUGCCCUCUACGCCGGCCUAAAGAACGUCCAACUAUACGAGCAGGCCUCGCAAUUCUCUGAAGUGGGCGCCGGAGUGAACAUCACUUCCAAUGCCAACCGCAUCUUAGACGCCUUUGGUCUUCAUGAUAGCAUGACACGCAAGUCCUCGCGCAAGUUGCCCUGUUACAUGGAGUACCACAGCUACAAGACUGGGGAGUACCUGGGUCACAUUGAAGAGUUCUCGCAGCCGCCAGCACGUCUGCUGCACCGGGCCCACCUUCUGGAUUCGCUGAAGGAGCGAGUCCCCGAGUCCAGUCUGAACUUGGGAAAGCGAUUGGCUUCCAUUGACCGAAACACUGCGGCGGGUACCGCGCCGUAUACUCUGCACUUUGAAGAUGGCAGCACCGCGGAGGCUGACAUCGUCAUUGGAUGCGACGGGAUCAAGUCGAAUGUGCGCCUGGACAUGGGCUUAGGUGACUCUCCCAACUAUUCAGGCCAGGUUGUGUACCGUGGUUUCGUCGACUACAAAGACUUGCCUAAGGAGACGGCACAGCUUCUCCGCAAGACGGUCAACUUCCGUGGUCCUAAGCGCCACGUCCUGAUCUUGCCUAUCGGCAACCAAGAGACCCAGACGGACCGUGCUGCUGUCAUUGGCUUUAUGUCCGAGUCUCUUGAGGCUUGGGACUCGGAGAGCUGGAUGUCCCGCUCUGACAUUGACAGCCUCCAGGAGCAUGUGCGCGAUUGGUGCCCGCAAGUACAACACAUCAUCGAAGGUCUACGUAAGGGCUCUAGCGAUGGCAAGAUGCUAAAGCAAGCACUUUAUGUGCGCAAUCCUCUGGAUAAGUGGUAUGAGAUGAAGGAUGAUCAGAAGGAUUCGGGAAUCAUCCUCCUGGGUGAUUCCGCCCACUCGACUCUCCCGCACCAAGGCCAGGGAACUUGCAUGGCCAUUGAGUCAGGCAUUGCCCUUGCAACCAUUCUGCGCCACUGGAAGACUGACGAUCUGGAGGCCGCAUUCAAAUUCUAUCAGGAUCUGCGCAAGCCCCGGACAGACCGGGUCACACAGACCAGCUAUGAGGCUGGAAAGCUUGCGAGUGCGGACACACCGGAUCAGAUGACUAGCAACUUUAACCCGCAAGCACUUGGGGAACGCAUGAAGUGGAUUAUGGAGUACAAUGUCCUCGAAGACUUGAGGGUCAAAGGUGCUGACGUCCUGGAUUUCCACGACUCCCGACUGUAA